AUUGACAUCACGGCUGCAAGGACAUAUAAAAACCAGCACAGUGCAUUUUGGAUUGACUACAGGAACACUGACAGGAGCGUUCUACAGGCUCAGCUCCCCUAACAGCACCGCAGUAACUGGAUUUUGCAGAGUACACCGAGAAGCUUCUUUUCACAAACCAGUUCUGAGAACAUCUGGGAGACUUUGUUUUGUCUUCAGUGGUUUGCAGCUCCUUUAGAGCAGCAUGUGCACGGGAGGCUGUGCCAAGUGCCUGGGAAUUACCCUCAUCCCCCUGGCCGUGCUCUGCACCCUUGCCAACAUUUUGCUGUUUUUCCCUGGAGGAACAGUGGCUAAAGACAAUGGACACAUUACAGAUGAAGUUUGGUACUUUGGAGGGAUCGUGGGAUCGGGUCUUUUGAUGAUCUUCCCUGCCUUGGUAUUUUCGGGCCUUCAGAAUAAUGAUUGCUGUGGAUGCUGUGGUAAUCAGAGCUGUGGAAAGAGGUUUGCGAUGUUUUCUUCUAUAAUAUUUGCUGCUGUUGGAGUUCUGGGAGCUGGAUACUGCUUUAUUUUAUCGGCAGUAGCCCUGCACAAAGGCCCUAAAUGUGAAGUUAAAGGAAACUGGACCUACCCCUUCAAGGAUGGGGAUUAUCUCGGUGACCACUCACUGUGGAGUGAUUGUGAGAGGCCUGAAAAUAUUGUGCCGUGGCACCUGAGCCUGUUCUCGCUGCUGCUGGUGAUGAGUGGGAUCCAGGCAGGGCUCUGCGCCAUCCAGGCGGUGAACGGCCUCUUUGGGACCCUCUGUGGGGACUGCAAGUGCUGCUGUGGGGGAAAUGGAACUGUCUAACUCCAGUGGAAUAUUGCAGAGAGCUCCUUGCCCUGGGAGGAUCCCUGUGCAGUCUCCACAAGGCAGCCCUUGCCUGCCCUGACACUGGCUGAGAAGAGAAUGGAGGGCUCUUCCUCCCACCAGUGAUAGGGAGCCCUGACUCCCUUUCCAGCCUUCCUGAAAUCCUCAUCGUGGAA